CGUUAACUUGAAACAACUAGCGUGGUUUGCCUUAGCCUCAUAUUUCCAGUUGUGCUUUCCGCUAGCUGUGUAUGCAUAGAAACACGAUUGUCGAGCACGAGAUAUUUAGCUCAUGUUGUGCCAGAACACAUGUCAGCUCGCAUGGCUGUUUGGAAACUAAGCAUGUAACGUUAAGGAGCUCUUUGGUGUGCAGCUCAUCUCCACCUGCAGCCUCCAAAAAAUUGCAGAAAGAAGCUGAGAUAGCCGUUGCAGCAGAAGCAUGGACGCUGUCCUGAGCAGGUUGAAAGGCCUCACUGCUGACGAACUAAGGGAGGAGAUCAUUAAAGCCAAUAUGAAAUGUGGCCCUAUCACUGCCACGACAAGAGCCAUAUUUGAGCGCAAACUUGCCAGGGCUCUGGUGGAGAGUGCUGGACUUACUGAGCCUGACGCCAGUGGUGAUAACAGUGUCACGUUGGACAGGAGUGUGGUGCCACCCAGUGCCGCUUCAGCAACCCCAGAUGCAGUCACAGGCGAGGAUGGGGAUUUCGGGUACGGGAUGGGCCUUAAUCCGCCAGAGGAAGAGGCUCUGAGUGGAACAGUGUUCUCCUGUAAUGUGGAGAACACACAUACUCCCUCCAAAACUGCACAGGUGUCACCCACCUUUUACGGAGUGUGUCCAUUAUGGGAGGAUGUGCUGGCUAGGAACGAGAGAGCCCAUGUGUACACGGAUAAGAAAGAGGCUUUGCAUGCUGUUAAAAUGAUGAAGGGGGCUCGGUUUAAAGCUUUCUCCAAUCGUGAGGAUGCUGAGAAGUUUGCCAAAGGCAUUUGUGACUACUACCCUUCACCUAGUAAAAGCACUCCCUGUGUUUCUCCUGUCAAACCCGGCCUGGUGUUUAGCAAAGACCACCCAUCUAUGAUAGAGGCAGACACAAUCAACAGGGAGAAAGCAAACAGUUUUAAGAGCCCUCGGACACAGGAUUUGACAGCUAAGCUGAGGAAGGCUGUGGAAAAGGCAGACGAGUUGGGAUUUACUGAGUUGGUGUGGAGCAACCCUCGCUACCUCAUCGGGUCAGGAGACAACCCUACUGUAGUCCAGGAGGGCUGCAGGUAUAACGUAAUGCAUGUGGCUGCUAAAGAGAACCAGCCAGGCAUUGUUCAGAUCCUGUUGGACACUCUCGAGAACCCAGAAUUCAUGCGGCUUAUGUACCCAGAUGACCAGGAGAGCAUGCUGCAGAAACGCAUCCGCUAUAUCGUAGACCUGUACCUCAAUACACCAGACAAAGCUGGGUUUGAGACGCCUCUUCACUUCGCAUGCAAGUUUGGCUGCCCAGAGGUGGUAAACAUACUUUGUUCUCAUCCAGACAUUGACAAGAACUGCAAGAACAAGUAUAACCAGAAACCCUGUGAGGUUAUUUGUGAAAGAAUGAAAGAAAAGGGUAAAAUUCAAGAAGUCAAACAGAAAAUAAAUGAUUAUUUAGAAGAGCGGUUGUACAUCCCAUUGCUGCGAGCCACUGAUAACUCCUCCCAGGCUGUGAUUGGUGCUCCUUGGUCUCCUGAACCAAUGGAAUCCCUGUCGCCACGGUUACCCAGAAGUCCAAAGGAUCCAGUUAUGGCAGUCAGGGCCUUUGCUGGACCUUUAAGUCCAUCUAAAGCGGAUGAGUUCAGACGAGCGUGGAAAACACCUCCUAGAGAGCGGGCAGACCAUUUCCACAACAUCCUGAAGUCUGACCCGGACCGUGGAGCAGAAAGAGUUGGCAGAGAUCUAGCCCAUGAACUCGGUCACCCCUGGGCAGAGUACUGGGAUUUCCUGGAAAGUUUUGUGGACCUGCAGUCAACCGAAGGGCUGAAAAUGCUUGAAGAAUACCUCAGUAAAAAGGACUUCAGGGAGCGAGCUCACGAAGAGGCUGGAGAGAAUGAAACCAGCAACAGGUUUAAAACACCUUCUCCAGGCAAACUGAAGAAGUUCUGUAACUCCAUCUCUGUGGGGGCUUUUCUGGACGAGGGUGAUGACAUCAGCUUGGAGGAGAUCAAGAACCGGCAGAACGCUGCUCUCACCAGUAUUUCUUCUGUGUGCUCCAAAGACGGCCUGCAGGGGGCAGUAGGAGGACUGGAGUUUCACAUCCUCCCAGUGUCCCACAGCGCUGACCUCAUCGAAGCGGCGGCAGAGCAGGACCUGCUGCUCUCAGAGAAAUCCAUUAUCUCCAGCAGUAAAAAUGGCCUUUGUGAACAGGGCUCUGGUGAUAGGACUCCAAAUGGGGACAAAGUGUCUCCUCGUAUCUGCGGUUCCUCCAAUUCCUGCAUGCUGUCACCAAUUUCAAACCUAAUGGCAGAGUUUGAGAGGAUGUCUCUGCUGGAUGAACCUGAUAGGACAAACAGGGAAAGAAGGAGGAGCGGAGGGAAACGUCAGACCACAGAGCUCACCUCUGGACUGGGGCGCCUUUCGCUGUCCUCUGAAGACGACUCUGUGUUUGAGAAAGACAGGACGUCUGCUCUGCUGGCAGCAGAGAAGGAUGGAGCAGAGAGAAGAAAUGAGGUGGAAGCGAGGUCCAGCGCAAGUUCAGAUGAGUACUUUCUGGCCAGUGAGAGGUUAGAACCAAUAAGCCAACAGACGAUAGACACUUCAGGGUGCGAGCGCAUGAUCUGCGCCAGGUCAAAGUCCUGGGAUCAUGGGGGAAGAGACCUCAGCUCCUCGGGGUCUUCCAGCUCCUACAGAUCACUCGACAGCUCUCAGGACUUCAUACUGCGGACUCCUCCCAGAGUGACCAAAGGACUCUUCAUUGAAGGGGAUUCACCCACCAAGUUGGACAGAGAGGUUUUGUCAGCUUUAGGAGUCUCGGACUUCGACCCUCUAAAGUUUCCCAGCAUUCACAAAUGGAAGAGCACAGUUCAGACAUACUCACAGUCAGAAAUGCAAAGCUGGCUGACUCCUGCAGUGCACAAAAGCCAUCUGAGGGCUCUCUCGGCCACUCCUGGCUCUCCAGUGAGCGGUUUGAUGUCCCCCGUGAGCCGCUUCAGCCCAGCUCGACACAUGGGCUCGCCAGACAUCUGCAGUCCCGGACGCUACAGUCCAGCACACUCCACCUACAGCCCCGCUCACCCCAACUACAGCCCUGUCAGCUACAUCCAGCGCAUCCGCCUCAAACAUUUCGGAGAUACUCCCAUUUAACAUACGCUCUCCAUCCCGUCCAGCCCCACUGCAAAUUUCCAACUGAACCCGAAAUAACAAAUAUAACUAAAUCCAGUGUGGGCUGUUUCAGAGGAUGGAUCUUUUUUUUUUCCGAGGAGAACGAUGUCGUAACGGAAGCCAUUAAAAAUCUGCUCAAAAUGGGCUCCUAGUGCCGCGCGAAACCGCCGACAGGAUCUCGCAACAGGCCGUCCUUCAGUUUGUAAGCUCUUAGGUUCGUAGAACACGGCUCAAAUAAUACAAAUAUGCACAUCUCCCGGGGUUCCCCAAUCAUAAGAUCUAUAUAUAAAUAUAUAUAUAUUCGGUACUUUUGUGUAUGACACCUGGUGUGAUGAUCUGUGAUGGAUGUAUAGACCUUUUCUAUCUUAUUUUGUUUUUGUUUUGUUCUUUAUCUACGUGUGAGUGCAAACGUGUGCUUGAGAUUUAUCUGUGGAUUUUCAAAACUGUAUCUUUAAUGGAAAUUAACAAUUUCCUUCUUAAAAGUAUUGUUCAUCCAAAAAAAGAAGAAAUUUGCUGAUUAUUUAUUCACCAGCAGGUCAUCCAUGGUGUCUUUGUGUUUUCUUCUGUAGAAUAUUAAAUAAGAUUUCUUUAACUGAAACCUUAGUCCAUAGGUCUCAAACUGGAUUCCUGGAGGGCCGCAGCUCUGCAUAGUUUUGCUCCAGCCCUGAUCAAACACAGCUGAUCCAACUAUUGAUAUAGCUGUUUAAGACUACUAGACUAUUCAGCAGGUGGGAGUUGGAGGUGGUUGGAGCUAAACUAUGCAGAGCUGCGGUCCUCCAGGAAUUGAGUUUGAGACCACUGCCUUAGUCUAUAGCAUGGGUGUCCAAACUCACUCAUAGAUGGCCAGUGUCCUACAUAUUUUAGUUCCAACCCCAAUUAAACAUGAAUGAACCAGCUAAUCAAGCUCUUUUUAGGAAUACUAGAACCUUCCGGGCAGGUGUGUUGAAGUGAAUUAAAGCUAAACUGUGCAGGAAACCAGCCCUCUAGGACCGAGUUUGGACACCCCUGAUCUAUAGGGAUUAAGUUGGGAGCUAACGAGAGUCAUAACAACAUAUACAGACAGAACACAAUGAAUACUUGUGACUUUUGAUGAUACUUUGGAGUUUUUUGAAGUGAAACCUAAACAUUAUUAACAAUGUUAUCAUCUUUAGUCCACAGCCUUGACAUUAUAGCCCAUAGAAUGAGCUUCCUGUUGCAUAAUGACAUUGUUUGCAUGUUAACAAUGGAGAAGAACAUGUGUUUUUCAUCAAAAUGCCAUUUAUGCUCAUCCAUGAUUCUGCAACUUAUAUAAAAACAGUAAUAUUACAUUUGAGUAUGCAUUCUUGAUCAGGAAGAUCGACUUUUAGCGGAUUCUCAACAUUUGUCAAAUGUCAUUACACAACAGGAAGCUUGUGAAGGUAGUAACGCUGUCAGUAUUUAGCCCAAUCGUUUUGCUUCUUAAGACUUCAAUGUAUUGCCAAAAGCCACAGACAUUAAUUUUGCAUUGUCUAUAUGUUUUUUGUCUCUCUAACUGCUAGUAGCUCUAAACUUGCCUUUUAUGAUUCACAAAAUAACAAAGGUUUCUCUUAAUCUUCUUUAAUGAUCUUUUGAAGAAAAAGUCACAUCUUGGGUGGCCUGUGGGCAAGUAAAUUAAAGGGUUCAUUCACUCAAAAUUGAAAAUUCUGCUAUUAAUUACUCUCCCUCAAAUUGUAAUUUAAGAUAUUUUGGAUGAAGUCCGAGAGCUCCCUCUCCCUCCAUAGACCACAAUGGUCAGACUUUUCCAGAAAGGUAUCAAAAAACUUUGUCAAAAUUGCCUUCAGUGAUUCAAUUGGAAUGCUAUGACGCUUCGAGAAUACUUUUGUGUGCAUAUAAAAUAAAGAGAACUACUUUAUUCAACAUUUUCUUCUACUUUGUGUCAGUAUAGGGCGUAUUCACAAGAACACUCUACACUAAUGCAGUGUUUCCAAACCCUGUUCCUAGAGGCACACCAACAGUACACAACAUGGAUGUCGUCUUUAUCUGACCCAUUAACGUCUCUUAUUUUCUGAUUAGUUGAUUCAGGGGUGUUUGAUUAGGGAGAGGAUGAAAAUGUGUACUGUUGGUGUGCCUUUAAGAACAGGGUUGGGAAACACUGCACAAAUGUAUACGUGCGACUUCUGAAACAAAAGCACAGGUUCAUUCAAUGUAUAUGUCAGCUUGAAUUGAAUUUUUGGUCACACUUUAUUUUGAUGGUCCGUUUGUUGAAUUUAAGUUACAUUGCAUCUACAUGCCAACUAAUUUAAAUAAUUUCCUUUUGUCACUUAAAUGUCUGUUUAGCAGCAGUAUUAAGCAGACAGUCUACUAAUACUCAAGUGGACCAUCAAUAUAAAGUCUUACUGAAUUGGAUGUGCACCCUAUACUGACACUGGGAAGAAAUUGUAAUGAAUAGUCAAUAUUUUUGUUUUAUAUGCGCACAAAAGUAUUAUCAUAGCUUAAUACUCAUCUGAUCGAACUACUAAAGGCACUGAAUGGUCUGUUUUUAUUUUUGUGGACAAGGGAACAUUGCUGUCUAUGGAGGACGAGAGAGCUCUCUGAUUUCAUCCAAAAUAUCCUAAUCCUGUUUUAAAGAUGAACGAAAGUCUUAGGGCAUUUUAACGACAACAAGGUGAGUAAUUAAUAACAGAGUUUUUAUUUUUGUGGUGAACUAACCCAUAAAUAGCAGCUUUUUAGUAUUGGGUUAAACACAGUCAUUCAAAAUGGGGUAGAAAAUAAACGAUGUCACUAAACACUGAAACCCAGAGCUAAAUUGAUAAUACAUAUAGCUCUUUUUGCUAGUUAACUAUCAGUAGCACAAAUAUGCUCAUUUUAAUGUGUUUUUAAGGGAAAAGAAACAAGUCAACCUGACUGCCAGAAGCUAUUUUUAUUCUUUAAUUGGAAAAAAGAAAACUGCCUUAAAUUUCUUAAAGGAAAGACCAACAUCUGAAUACUAAAAGCAGGUGUUUAUUAAUGCAUUGUUAACUACAGCCUUAGGGGUUUGGAGGGGGAUUUAAAAAAAAAAAAAAAGGAAGAGUUCUAUAAUGACGUGUGAAAAUAUUCCCCUUUUUUAAUUCAAUAAAUGUGAUUUAUCAUUUCUAAAUAUGUAUUUGUUUGCACUUAAUUACUUUCGGAGUUUGACGCAGGUCAUCGUGCACAACAGAUGAGACUGUUUGAAAGAGGUGAAUCUGAAAUUUGAGCAAGCUCGGAAAGUUGGCGAUUGAUUUGAUUGAUUGAUAAUGAGUGUGGAUGGCAAAUUGGUUCUGUGAAUGUCAUAAAAGCUGUAAGACUUGAUGAUUGUGGAUUCAGAGUCUUGUAAGUGCACUUUAAACGUGUCGGAAAUUGAUGUCCAUCAUCAUCAUCAUCAUCAUCAUCAUGGUUGAUAUUUCAGACUCAAGGUUAUAGAUCAUGUUAGUGCAAUUCUUUCAAUGGCUUCUGAAAUGGAUCCAUUUUCCUGAACUCCAAACAAUAUGUGCUGAAACUGAAAAAGCUCCAGGUAGUUCAGCUUUUAUUUCCUUUUAACGUGACAAAUAUCUCAAGGAAACGAGUCUGUGGUACUUUUCAGAUCAUGUGAACUCUUUCUUUGGUGCCCAUUAUUCUCGGUGUAGUGCUGGCCUGUUGAUCUUUGCUUUGUAAAGCUUUAGUGCCUUUGAUUAUGAUCUGUUUGGAAGGGCCUGUAUGACACGCACUGACCACAUACACGCUGAAUAGACCCCUUUUUUGUGUGUUUCUUAGUGUAAAACGAAUGGUACAGUAGCAUCGGCAUAUGCAGUGUCUGAAUACCUCUCAAAUACGAUUGUAAGAGAAGAAAAAAGGUUUACAGUUUAGUUAUUGCUAGUGUUGUAUCAAUGCCAGCCUUACAUUUUUGUUUUGUUAACUGAUGCUUUGUAGUGCCAACACUGGUCAAUUGAAAAUGAGUUGCAGUUUAUUGUCGAGAAUUGAAUUAUUUUUGUUGUCCUGGCCUUUACGUUGCAUGCAUUUCUAGUCCUAUUUUAUUACAGUAUACGUUAAAGGAAAGUAUUUGAUGUUCUAUUGAUGAACGAUAAAUAAAGUGCACAGUCUUGUAA